AAAAUCAUCUUAUCUUCACUCUUCAGAAAAAUUUUCUUGAGAAGUCGCAAACCUGCCAUAAUCCUCGACCUCGUCUGGUGAAAAUCUAAAAAUACUUCUUUACGAGCGCAGCCACCUCCACGAAAAUAAUCCUCUAAAAGGUCCUCAACAAGGUCGUCGGGUCGUUCAUCUCCGUUGGUAACCGCCGGAAGAUUCCGAUCGUCGAUAAACGAAAACAAAUCCACCCACUGUGCUUCCCUGACCACCGUCAAACGGAUUUCGGCAAAACAAACAUCGCGAGAAGCUGAAGAGCGAGGGACACGUAAUAAUAGCUACGGCGCCAGGGUGACCAUUCGAGAACGAUCGAAAGCGAGUCGACGAUCGUUGCACCUGUCGCUAUCGGUCACACUCGGAAACCUUGAGUCUACAAGAACACACCUGCCACUUCACAAAGUCGUUGACGUAACGUUGCUUACUUUGUGACGUUGAAUGUUGACUCGAUACCUGAUUCUGACUUGACGUGGUGGAGAAACCGGUGUAAUGGUGGAACUGGAUGUGGAUGUGGAGAUAUGGUAGAUGUGGACUUGUGAUAGAUGUGGAACUUGAGGUGGAUGUGGACUUGUGGUAGAUGUGGAGGAUUGUGAUUCACAAGGAUUUGGUGAAUGAAGCUGUGGUAUAUGUUGAUGGAUUUAAGUUAUUAUGGAUGAUGAGGUAUGUAGGAGAUGAAGAGAUGGUGAGAUCAGAAGGUUAUUUGGGAAGUUGAGAUCUGAAGGUUGAUUGAGAAGUCGAGGUCUGAAGAUCACUUGUGAGGUUGAUGAGAUCUAAAGCUUGCUUAUAAAGUUGAGGUCUGAAGAUUUGCUGUGAAGCUGAGAUCUGAAGGUUGCUGUUGAAGUUGAGAUCUCAAGGUCCCUUUACAGUUGAUAAGAUCUGAAGGUACAUUGUGAUGUUGAUGAGAUCUGAAGAUCACUUGUGAGGUUGAUGAGAUCUAAAGCUUGCUUAUAAAGUUGAAGUCUGAAGAUUUGCUGUGAAGUUGAGAUCUGAAGAUUGCUUGUGAGGUUGAGAUCUCAAGGUCCCUUUACAGUUGACAAGAUCUAAAGUUACAUUGUGAUGUUAAUGAGAUCUGAAGAUCACUUGUGAGGUUGAUGAGAUCUAAAGCUUGCUUAUAAAGUUGAAGUCUGAAGAUUUGCUGUGAAGUUGAGAUCUGAAGAUUGCUUGUGAAGUUGAGAUCUCAAGGUCCCUUCACAGUUGACAAGAUCUAAAGUUACAUUGUGAUGUUAAUGAGAUCUGAAGAUCACUUGUGAGGUUGAUGAAAUCUAAAGCUUGCUUAUAAAGUUGAGAUAUGAAGCUUGCUUAUAAAGUUGAGAUCUGAAGGUUGCUUGUACAGCUGAGAUCUCAAGGUCCCUUUACAGUUGAUAAGAUCUGAAGUUACAUUGUGAAGUUGAUAAGAUCUGAUGGUUGCUUAUGAAGUUGUCUGAAGAUCUGUUGUGAAGUUGAGGUCUGAAGAUCACUUGUGAAGUUGAUGUGUGAAGCUCCAUUGUGAAGUUAAAAUAUUAAAAUUGCUCCCGAAGUUGAGACCCAAACCUCACAUAUGAAAUAACCAAUCAUAUAAUACAUCAAUAGCUACAAUAAUACUUGAUCACAAAUGAUUCACAAGUACCUAUCUCACAAACUUAUCAACAAAGUACAAAAUAACUUACCAGAUACUUUGUGGAAUUCACAAGACGUCUGAUCACAAAAAAUUCACAAAUUUGGAAACAAAGUUAUGAAACAUAGUAACAGCAGCUUAUUGAAGAUGUCUCGAAAAGAAGAAACGAUGAGUGGAAAUCGCUUUGUGUCCGUCGGAAAUAUGGCCUCUAAAUAUAGCCAGAAGAAUUUCCGCGGCAUCCGCACGCUUCUCCGCUUCGCUCACGGUUUUGCUCGAUUUUCUUAAGCGCGAUUUAUGCGAAACGAGUGCGGACCUUCUCUUCUCAACGAACCUCGUCACCGACGGAGUUACCCACUUUAGUGAAUCAGAACUUUGACUCCUCGCGAGUUUCACUUCUGGGAUCAUGCUGAUCACAAAGUACACCACUAUUCUGCUGCAAUCUACCAAUCAGCAUAUCUUCAGGAGCGACGUCUUCCUGGAACCGUAUCUGCAGCAGCAUGGAACCGUUCAGGUUGUCAGCUCACCUAGUACGCCUCCGCCAAAUCCGCUUCAGCAUCAUCAGCUUACGCAGCUACAUCAUGUACAGAGCGAGGAGUCGCUAUCCUCAGAAGGUUCGGCCACCUCUGCUGGAUCUUCGGGCACCACAGAAGAUUCUGGCAGCGAGGUCGCCUGUGACAUCACUCUGAUCGAGAGGCUUAUACGCUCUCAUCCGAUCUGGUUCCUUCCUGGCAUCCAAAGGGCCGGUGCUUUCCACUUGUUGCAAGGCAAAGAGGAAGGGAACUUCGUGGUUCGACAAUCGAGUCAGAGCGACACGAUGGCCCUGUCGGUAAGACUGCCCCCCGGAAAAGGGCCAUAUAUCGAACACUACCUGAUCCAAGCCAACAAGGGGAAGUUGAGCUUGGAAACUAGCGAGAACAGGUUCGACAACAUCCCCUCGUUAAUCGCCCACUAUUCUCAGUGCUGCGACGAAUUGCCAGUUCAAUUGACACUGCCAAGGGCGAUGCGUGAAGCCAAGAAUAGGCAGCAACUCUCCUCCCUGGCUCUUCUGGGUCAGGAAUUCUGGAGAUACCCGAUGGCGAAUCCGAAACCGCCUGAAAGCAGCAGUAGCAAUACGUCCAGCUUAAGUAGUUUUCGUGGUGGUAACAAUAAUCUCAAUAACAAUAAUAACAAUAAUGUUCAUACACCGACGACGGAGAGUAUUGUGCUGAAUCUUGCACCGAUAUCGUCGCAUGAUACACGAAGCUCGUCGCCAACGACGGUCGUCACGACGUUCGCGUCGUCGCUGCCUCGUCAGCCUCGGCCGACGCCGCCCAACACUCUGAACCUGACGACGUUCAACGAGCCUCUGGACGUGAAGAAAGAGAAGAUCUCUCCUGCUGACAAGCUUUCGCAGAAGCUAAUCUCUCCGAACCUGGUCCAGAGCGUUCGUUGCCCGUCGCCGGUGGUCCACAACGUGGAGAGCAACGUGUUGAGCCCUGUCCAGGACACCAGGAUCAGCUUCGAGUCUAAGAACGCCGAGACGUCGAAGUCGACGGUGAUUGAACUAUCGAGGACCAGAUUCUCCUCUGUCAGCACUUCCACGUCUAAUUUCCAUCAGAAUGUGUCGACGUUUAACAAUCUGUCGUGUACUACGUCGCCUGUGUUACCGGAGAUUCGGAACAUCAUCGCGGAGAAUCAUUCGGUCGGACAGAAUGUGAAGACUCCACCUCCUCCGCCUCCCAGGUGGGCCAAGCCGGGGAUCGGGCAGACGCAGAAUAAUUUUAUGGUGACCACCACGGUGACGUUCAAUGUGAAUCAGGCGAAUGACGUCAGCAGCUCCCAGCAGAAUACUCCAUCGGACCCAAACACGUCGCUGCUGAGUCCCCAAAGCGCUACCUCGAACAAGUCCCUGACCUCAAACUUCUCAGUGAAGUCCCCCCUGUCUCCAACAACCCCGGUCCUCUCGCCCCUCUCAAAGCUAGUCCCAAACACCGGAGCGAAGACUCCCAACGUCCUCUCUCCGACCACGCCAUCGAGUACAAGCAAGUCGAAGCGGAGACGCGACCGGGAAGCCCGGAAGAACUCGCAGCACUACCAGGAAUCGGACAUCCUGGAGUCGUACUAUCGUAGCUCACCGGGAGACAAGAUUUCCGACUAUGAAGACAUCUGGAACACGACCGACCAGUCGAACCAGUCGACCUGGUCGCCGAACGACAAGCUAGCGAGGAACGACGGCCCAGCGAAUCCUCAGGAGCGGCUGAGGAACUCGAACGACCGGCUGAUGGUUCAGGAGAGACAGGUGAAUCCGGCCGAGAGGAACUUCAACGAGCGAUUGCCUACGAACGAGCAGCUGAUCGUGAGGAACGACAGGAUGAUCGUCAGGAACGACAAGUCCAUCGGCAACGAGAAACUGAGUUAUAAGGAGAUCACCAGCCCGGAGUUCAGCAGCUUCAAACCUGUGCAGGAGCCGAAGCCGACGGAACAGAGCAACGGGUCGCCGGAGGAGACGGGAAUGGGAAGGAGACCUGAUCUAUUGUCACGAGUUUGCAGUGCGAAUUCCUUGAACAGUCCGAGCACAGUGACGCCUCCCAGAAACAAAUUAGGCCUGAUGCUGGCGAAAUCAGAGAGCAACAGCCCACUGACACCGGAGUCCAAACAGGGUAGCCCGUUCUACGCGGAACCAGCGGACGCCAUCGCACAGAGCGCGGCGAUUAUACCCAGAAGACGACCCAGGAACAAUCCGGCGACGAAUAAGUAUCGACAUAGCGAGCCAGGUUGGCUGCAGACACCGGUUGGCGGGAAUCCUAAUCAACUUCAUCCGAUCGACUGGGAGGAGACGGAGGAGGCUGAGGAUAAGACGCCUUUGAUCUCGUCCUCUGUAGACAACCUGGCCAAACGACUGAGCACCAAAGAGGUGAAGAAAAUACCGAGGGCUAAGCCUGUGCAACCACCAAAGAUCAGGACGAAGGUGUUCAAUGAUACCUCGUGGGCUGUGGACUCCAGCUGGGAGUUUAUUGGCAACGAAGCAGACGACUGCGAGCCAGACUAUGACUGUGAUGCUGAUUAUGAGGGAGAUAACGUGGCCAGGAAGUUUCCGGACGAGGAGUGCGACAGGGACGUUGUUGGGAACACUUUGACCGUUCAGAGUAUCAUCCUCCAACGGUACCCAGAGUUAUUGAAACCACCGGACACGUCGGAGUCGCUGUACAGCGACAGGAACUCCUCGUACGACAACGUGGAGAAGAGACACGAGAGGGAAGAAGCGAACGACACUAGGAAGGACCAAACUUACGAUUCUUCCGAGUGGGAGACACCCUUGGAGACAGACGAAAGCGACGUGGAGAGGAUGAAGAGGAACAAAAGCUUCAAGGAACGCCUCGAUCCCCUUCUCUCUCCUCCACGACUGCAAGCACUGAGGAACCGCGACAACUGUGGCACAGGAGCAACGAUACGAUCCUACGCCCUGCAGUUAGCGGCCGACAAAACAACCACCUUCUCCCAGAACAUCGACAACUUCAUCCAAUGCACGAAAGAGGGUAAAGAAGCGAGCCCCCAUGUAGUCAUGCGAAACAUGCGGCAGUUCAUGUCAGGGAUGAAGAACUACCUGGUAAAGCACGGGGAAAGAGAAUUCGAAAAGGAAGUCGAGAAGGAGAGACUGAAGUUGAAACCGAACGAGUUUCUGAACCUUGACGCCAUCUUGGAGGGUGUGAUGAUGGGUCUCGUCGUGAGGCCGCUCAGGGAACACGUUUACAGACUGUUUGUGGAUCACUAUGCGGCCACUGGGUCGCUGCAGACCCUCGCGGAGAGCAUACAGCACGCACAGGGGAAGCAUGUGCAGGACCUCGGUGUUCGAAAAUACUGUUUGCAGCCAAAGAUCAUACCGCCGUCAGAGUCGAGUUUGGAGAGGAUCCUGAAGUACAUCGAUCGUCUUCAGAAAGCGGACUCGCCGUUGGACAAGUUGGAGAAUCUCUUGGCGGCCAUUUCGGCCAUCUUCAACUCCGUGAAGCACGCGAAUUCCGGGCGACACGUGACCCUGGGUGCGGAUGACCUUCUACCUCUUCUAGUUUGGGUGUUAGUUCGCGGAAAGGUGGUGGACGCCGAAGUGGAGGCUGAAUAUAUGUGGGGGUUGUUGCAUCCCUCUCUUCUCACAGGCGAAGGGGGAUACUAUUUGACCACGUUGUCCAGCGCCGUUCAUGUCUUGAAGACGUUCAAGUCCAGCCAGGGAACGAUGUCCACGUUAAAUGGUUGUGGAACACCAGACUGUUCAUCCGUACUACGGAUCUUAGUACCAGAUGAACUUCAUGGAUCCCUGAACACCAGAACGUUGCCUGUGCGACCAAAUAUGAACACCAGAGAAAUUUGUCGCAUCCUUGCGCAUAAAAUAAGGUGCACCAAUCCUCAGGACUAUGGUCUGUUCAAGUUGGUCCAAGGAGAAGAAACCUUACUGGGCGACCACGAGUGUCCACAAGAGCUCUCUCACUGCCUUUUCGCCUACAAGCGAAUCGACGCGAAGAUAGCCUGGCCGAAAACCAGCUCUUAAAAGCAGGUCCUGUCUACGGUUCGGAUAAUCCAAGGCACCGAUUAAUCCCUGGUUUCUUUUCACUCAUAGCUAUCGAAAUUCCAAUCUCAAACUUUGGACGAUUAGCUCGUAGAACACUGCCAGCUGGAUGGACAGCUUUUCUGAACGUAUAAAAGAGUCACGAAUCGAAUCGGAGACAAUCCGAGCAUUUAAAAGCGACCAAAGCUUAAUCUAAGCGUUAAUCGUUCAUUUUUUCUCGUUCGCAAAACGCAUCACAUAUCUGGCAUCAUUCAUCGGGUAUACAAUUUGUAGCAGAUAAAAAAGACCCCUCUAGCUGCGAUCUAAACAAAUAUUAUUUUUGAUCGAAGUUUUUGAAAAGCGAGUUCGAAGACAAUGUAGUGCAAUGCAACAGUGCAAUGUUGAGGAUAGGUUCUCGAAAUUUAUUUUGAACGCAGCUAAAGACGGUCGAGCCAACGGCGGUAUACAAUCAGGCAAUUAAUAUUCAGUCGGAUUUAAUUUGCUCUAGCGAGCAGGUGCUAGAUAUAGCUCGUUCUGUUGGCGUUCAAAAUCGAGCUCGAACAAAUUUUUGUUAGUCUGACCGCUUGUACUUCGCGAUCGAUGUUAACGAUUAAAAGAACGGAUCAUGUAUUACUCAGUAUUCGAUAUUUCGUAAGGCUCCUCAAACUUUUUAAUCAAGUUGGAGCGUUGGUACUCGAGUCGAAGUCUGUCUUCAAAAUUUUUGCGAUAAGAUUGUGGACGUUCUUCGAACUCGAAUACCAAUUUACGAGAAAUCAUUGUACGUUUUUUAUGGGAUGAAGCCCAUAGGAAGGGUUUAUGUGUCUCUGUGGGUUGUGAAUAUUUUCUUUUGUGGGUGAAAUUCAAUUGGAAGAUGUAAGAUUCACUUUUUAACUUUUAGACAAUUAUUUUGUUAAUUAUUGAAUUAUUUGAAGAUUUCCUAAAGCUUCUAACCUUUUAUAUUUGCAAGUUCUUAAGUCCUACUUAUGUUACAAAAAAUCUAACCUCCCUAAAAAUUAAAUAAAAACUUCUCUGAAUCAAUUCUUCUCCUGAAAUAAAUUUUGUCCACCAAAUAAAAGAUUCAUAUCCAACAAAAAUAACAGAGUCAAGUAAACGCUUGCUGUGCAGGUAGCUCAAGCCUAAAUUGUAACCAAGUAAGAGGAGAAAAAAAUGAAAACUGUAGGGGACUCCUUGAUACAAAUUAAAUUAGACUUAGGAGCACGAAAGGCUAGUUUAGACUCUAUUUUAAGUACUUUCUCAACGAGUUGGCGGAUUAAUGGAUAAGCAAUCUUCUGUACUUUAUAGACGGACGUCGCAUAUUUAUUGGGAAGUUGUACACAUAUUUUACUAUCUGUCGAAUUUGAAUUUUUCGCGCGUGUCGCUUCUUCCCUUAUCUUUUUUUACACUUUCCCGUGAAAAUCUGCCAGGCUGAUUUGCUCACCGAUUUUACGAAGGCUGUGUAACUGUCUCUCAGAAACGAACUUUUUCACCUAGCGAUUCUAUGUUACCCUUCUUUCCCUGUUUUCUAUUCACUUUUCUAUUCCUUCGUUUCUGAAAGCGGACGCGGAGAAAAAUGUGCAGACGUGGAGCGAAUAUUUUAUUACUGAAAUAAAAAAAACUCGUACAAAUCAGCCUUGCAUCGUUUUUAUAUAUAUAUUGGUCUGAAACACGACGUAGCCCCCCUCGAAUACGUGUAACAAUAAUAAUGUUAUUAUAGCGAUUUAUAAAUGUACAUUUCUCCUUGAUACCUAAUUUAUUUUACGAAGCGUUUUCUUCCUUUUUGUAACUGUAAUUAGUAAUUACCCCUUGGCGCAUUUAAACGUGCUUUUCGACCCUCCCUUAAUUGAUUACGGUUAAUCGUGAACACGUUAAUAUGCUUCUAAUUAUGCUAGUCAAAGCCGAUACAAAUCAAGAGGAGUUCAAGAAAGAAUUAUUCUUUUCUCGUUUUUUCCUCUUUCUCUCACACUCUCUCUUUUUCUCUCUCUGUAAGCGUAACUUCGUGAUAGUUUUAUUUGUUAAAACAGAAGAAAGGUAAAUAUCAUUGAUUAUCAUUACUCUCUCACCUUUAUUAUUAUUAUUAUUACUAUUGUAACGUGUAACACUAUGCUCAAUAAAAACUUUUCUAUAAUUCGAAGUGAAUGGAACAAUAACAAUGCUAAUUAUGGUACGUGAUGUUAUAUUGGAAUAAAAAAAUUUCGUACGCUGCAAGUUUCUCUUUUUUUUUUAGCGAUAAUGGAAGGAAAUGAUUGUACUAAGAGUUAUAUUUUUCUUUUAAUAUGGAAGCGCAUUUGUCGUCUGGCAAUCGAGAUGACACGUCAUUGAUACACAGACUGCUGAUAAUUAUAGCAACGGUUUUUUUCGAGUAAUUUUAUAGACAAUGGGGCCAAUCUUAUCAGCUUAGGGUCUCUAAGGUGGGUGAACUCUGAUAUCUAGACGUAGCAAAGAAAAAAGGACGCUAAUAGAAAUGAUGAGAACUAAGGAUAUUCAAUGGAGGUAUUUCAGCAACAAUGUUUUAAUUAAAAUUCGAAAAUUCAAGUACAAUUUGUUUGGAAACCAUGCUACGCGAGGGAGCAGACGAAUAAAUCUUACCAAGUGGAAAUAUUUAUUAUAAAUCAAAACUUACAUAUUAUUUAAAUUACAGUACUUGCACCUGAGAGCUGCAAUACCUCAAAAGUUUUGUUGUUCUAUAGAAUAAAGCAACAACUACUUUCGACGGUGAAUGGACACUAAAACCUUAUCUUAAUACUGUAUCACAUCUAUUUCAAGUAUAAAAUAGUAGAUCAUCUAUUCCCUUUCAACUUCUUAAAAUAAAUCUUCUCAAAGAGCUACAUAAUCCCAAGAAAAAUAAGCUAACAAAAACAUCUAAUAUAAAUAGUAAAAAGAUAUUAAAAAUUACAUAAUCGCAGCUUAAACAGCGAUGCAAGGUGAAACAAAAUGAUCACCUCUCAAUAAAUAUUUACCCUAACAGAAAAAAUGUGGUGCGUAUUCUAUACAAAAAGAAAACAAGUUCAACUUAUACAAGCGAUUAAAAUAUUACAAAAAGCCAACAAAGCUUGAGUUAUCUCAAGCGAAAGCUGAUAUUUUCUAGGCCUUCAAGCUCUCAGGCGCAGAAUAUGCGUAUCAAUAAAUGCAUGAUUCAUUUUCCAAGAUAACAGCACACGAAAAGUAUGACAAGUGUAAAAAAGGAUGAUCGGAUGAGAAUUUCUACGAUUUCUAAAUGAACGCAGGAUCAAACGAUGAGAAAAUGAAGUGCUGCUUAAAUAAUUACGCAGAAUGAAAACGAGCUAUCGUCGCUACGACUGUAAAAUGAUAAUCGUACAUCCGUGACCCGGGUGCAAUUCUAAAAUUUGAACUAGACCAGUCCAAUUUCUUUCGAAGCUUUGAAUUUUUAACGAGUCUUGCAUGCGAAUAGAACUUGAGAAUUAUUUUAUUAAGCGAUUAGCAUUGUUUAAUAACUAUUGAAUUUUAUUUUUCGUUGUUAAGAUCGAGUCUACUCUAACAGCUAUAGUUGCCCCUUCUGAAUUAUGGAAGCAACUAUAGAAUGGCGUUGUAGGCUUCUGUUGAUCUAAAUUUUCAGAUUUAGUUUAGAAAUGAUGAAAUUCAAUAACUUAAAGAUCCUUCAAAGAAGCCCUUUCUUUCAAAAGCCUACAGCCAAGUAUAAUUAUUUCUUCCAGCAAUUCAUGACAAUAAUUUAGAAGCUUCAUAAAAGUUCUAUUCAUUUAUUACGUAACAAACUAUAGCCUCGCUAUAAUGGCUUCAAAUGUGACUCAUUACACAAUGUUACAAUGAAAGAGUUGUACAACGCGUAAAAACCCGAGAUUCUAGCAG